AGACAGAAUGGAUGAAUUGAAUACAUUCUUGAUCCUAACUCCUUUUGACGAAUGGGGAUUGACGAUCGAUUCUUUCCGUUUACCACACAACGCGGACAGAUAUGUGAAGCCGUCUCCUAUUAGCCGCGGCACCACGCCAAGCGAAUACGGCGAAGACGAAACUCCUGCGAACGAACUGGAUUAUUUUCACCGUAUCCAACUGAGAUUUGACCAGGAGACCAAAGUGAAAGGUCGUGUCAUAUUUGGAAGUGAUCCCGAUCAGUGUGAUGUCCUUCUCGAAUCGACCAGACCACGAUUUUACAUCUCUUUUGACAGCGAACAACGGCCCGCAAUCUGGGAUAAUUCUAACAACGGUCUCACCGUCAGUUAUGACGGUGAGGCGAAAGACGAACUUCGUCAUCACUUCAAAUGGAUCUUCUUUCCCGGGUAUGAAACAAUCAGAGUGAAGAUACCACUGCGAAACAACCGGGAGCUGGCCUUUAACGUCCAUCUCCCUCGGCAUUACGAGACACGUCCUAAUGAAUACAACGACAAUGUCGAGAGAUUUAUGGACGGUGCUCCUCCGUCGCACGAAGUAGAUUUCUAUAGUCUAGCCCUCGGCAGUCCAGGUGACUCGUUCGCGCCGAGCGAAUCGCUCAGUCCAAGCAGACGACCAGUUUACUUGAAGCGUGAAGAAUUGGGCCACGGCGCUUACGGACGAGUCAGAAGGGUCCUGAACGCUACUACCGGAUUGGAAUGCGCUGGAAAGGAGUUUUUCUAUCCGUCAGGCUGGCAGCGUGAAAUUGAAAUCAUGAAAACGCUUCGACACGACCACAUAGUUGGGUUUAUCGACUUCAAGACGCAUCCAAAACCACUUAUGGUGACGGAAUAUCUGCCGCUGGGAAAUCUAAGCCGGCAAAACUCGAUCAGUCCGAUUGCGGUGGAAGAAUGGGUGACUCUUCUACACCAGUGCUUGAAAGCUCUUGAAUAUCUCCACGCCCGCAAUGUAACGCAUCGAGAUUUGAAACCUGAGAACAUCCUCGUAAAAUCCAGGACACCGUUCUUAGUUCGAGUCGGCGACUUUGGUCUCGCAAAAAAAGAUAUCGACUUGAGAACACGGUGCGGGAAUUAUCGAUAUUCGCCCCCCGAAGUUUAUUCAAAUCGGCCUUAUACGUGCGUAGUCGAUAUCUGGCAGUUGGGUGUGAUUGUCUUGGAAGGUCUCUAUGGGCUCCCCGAGGUCCCUCGCGAUGCACCACCAAAAGACGUGAAAGAGCGUCGCAAAACUCAACGGCAAGCUUUCACCUGGUGCUCUAGCAUCGUCGAGGCGGCAGAGGACUGGGAGUCGGAUCCCAUGAUCGACUUUCUUAAAAGCCACAUGCUCAAAUGGGAGCCUACAGACCGCCAGUCAGCAGCAGAGUGUUUGAGCAUGGCGUACGACAUUGGCCUGUUCGAAGAGAUUCCCCUGCGGACAGGAAGCCUCACGCCACGACGAGAACCGGCCCAAGUGCAUGAUGACAUUGAUGCAGAAGAUGCGUCGACCAUCAAGGAGCCCUUCGGAAAGAUUGGUGGUACAGCAGCGAGCCACGAGGGGCACACAUCGCAACCCGAGAAUGGCUCACCUAGCCCGGGAGAAAGACACAGCGACCGAUCUGUGAAACGCAGACGGACCACCAACGAUUUCGAUCCGAGCCUCAAUUUUCCAGGCUGGUCGUUUGAUCUAGGGGACGUUUCCCAGAUCACACCAGACGAGAGCUUGAAGGCAUUAUUGGACAGCGCAGACAAUGGUGCAAAACAGGCUGAAUCAAUCCAUGGGUCCAUUCAAAGCGAUAGUUCUGACAACCCUCCUAUCGCACCACCUCUGGAGAAGCAUGGGCAGUUUGUUGUACAGAACUCGGGCAGGCACCGGGGCAUUUUACAUGUACCAGAUGCUCGACUCAACUUUACCAUGGAUACGUCCGCGACGGGUCCUUGGAUUGACCUUCCGACAGCACGCGGACUAUGUGCUAUGGCCAAUCUUGACGAUGACUUUCGGCCGCUUUUGUCUUUUGGAGAAGCUCAAGAAGGUCAAAGAGCGCAGAAAACUCCCAUCUUAUCUGAUCCGCUCCAGAUGGAACAGCGAGAGAAAAUCCCGAGCUACACAAAGCUUAUCUUUGAAGACCGUACAAUUCUGAUUCGAGAUCAGGAUUUAUGGAUAAACGCAAGCCAAGUUUUUCGAGCAGCAGGGUUUGAUGAACCCCCAUUUAGUUGGCCAAAUCAGAAGUUCAACUAUGACGUGGUGGAUUCAUUGGGCGUGUUCGUCGAGUCCGACGUCGCCAUUAAUUUGUGUAACCUUUAUUCACUUCAAGCCCUCGGAGCAAUCUUGCACGAAAGAACGCGAGUGAUGAAAGUGACGCAUACUCGACAGAGUCAACACUUUCAUUUUCUCGAAUGCGACAAUGAUGUAGUGGCAGUCAGACGGAGAGACUUCAGUGUCAACCUUACCCAUAUCUUAAAAGCAUCGUCAGCGCAUCCCUCUCAUAGGGACACCUUGCAGAGAUUCAAGCGGAGAUUACCUUCUAUCGAGGUUGUAAGGGGUGAUCCUAAGAUUCAAGGAUCCUAUGCACAUAUUUCUUUGGCGGUGAAUCUCUCUUGCCUGCUUGGCUUGACGUUAAUCACCAAGGCCCUGCUUGAAUUGAUUUCUACUCGAGACGCACAAGGUAAAAAAGUUUUCGGUGACGAUGGACUAUGUCCGGACGAAGGUCCUUCGAAUACAGCACAACCUGGGAACGUAUCAAGAGAUGGACCGAGACAAGAUGGACUCUUUGAGUGUGAUGGCGAUUUUGGCCCGGAGAUGAACUUCUCUGAAAUCGACAGGCAGUUACAACUUUCCCGGCCGUCGUUCAGAUUUAUGACGCCUACGCCACCCUCACAGACGUCGCCACUCCGUAUGAGUAAUUUGCAAGCUGUUAAAGGGAUGACAACGACAUUGGAGUGUGACAACCAGAUAGACCUGUCAUCUAUCCAAUUUCCAUUCGACCUUUCUUGUCUCAAACCGACCGAAUCGAGAGAGCUCUCCGAACAUAAAUCAGGUGCAAGAUCAUCGUGCUUAGAUCGUGGAGUCAGGGGUUCGAGUGUGCAGACUAUGACACGCCGGAAACAAGGUCAGUCAAAACGAGUACUAUUCUAAAUUCCGGGGCUGUUAUGACCAAACUACAGAUACAUCUUAUCAAGAUCGCAAGUCUCCCCCAACAGGCACGAUGAAUACCCAAAAGACAUUACAGGUCUUUCAGGAGCGACGGACAAACAGAGUUACUUGUAAUGGUCUGGAGGUUACCGAAGCCCCCGUCCGACGACGCCACAAACCAAGCAUUGAAGAUGUCUCAAUUCUUCGAGAAGCUUACCAAAAAUAUCGAAAUCGAAGUGCGACUGAAGAGGAGCUUCAAGGUAUCGCGGAGCGAACACAAAUGACAAUUCCCCAAGUUCGGGUAAGGCGUCCUCAUGUGAAAAAUGACAGGAGCUAAAACUGGUGUAGCGGUGGAUUGAGAAUCGAAGACAAGAAGACCGAUGUAAAAUGAAGGGUAUGUUUUGACUCGAUAGUGAUAGCAAUUCCUGAUUUACCGUUUGAUUGCUGAAA